GAUCGAGUCCGGGAUGUUUGUCCACCUGAGCAUAUAUUCUAGAAACGACUCAUCCAGCGCAUAAAAAGUCAUUUCCCAUAUUUCUCCAUGGCAAACUCUACAACAACAAAAAAAGAGAAAAGUUUUCUUCAAGAGAAGAAAAAAAACUAUUUAUUUGAAAAGGUAGGGCGUUUUCCUCUUACGCAUUCGACCGUUAGUCGUGCCAAGUUUGCCUAUAUACGCCUCAACUUGGCGUUGGGGAAAUAAAAGUUUCCAUAUACAUACGGUAUUGACAUGGCAAUUAGUGGGACCGCAGUGUGUUUUGGGGCUUGGGUGUUUGUAGCAUUUUGCCCUGAUCCCGGGCACACGGGCCGGGGUGAGAGGUUCUGGUUGCGACCCGAUCCUUCCUUGAAGCGAACGAACCUCGGGUUGGAUCCCAUCGAAAGCGAAUGGAGACAAGCAGUGGAUUUCCUCAACAGGCUUGAACCCAAGAGCAGCUUGGAGUGCAACAAGAUGCAACAUGCGAGUUGGGUGUACGAAAGCAACAUGACUGAGGCAAACCAGGAAGCUCUCCACGAGGUGGACGCAGCUAAUGCAGAAUAUGACCAGCAACUCAUAACGGGACUGAGAAGUGCAUUCCACUCCAAAGGACCUUUUCCGCAUUGGGAGGAUUACGCCAGCUCAACACAGAGGAGGAUCAGGCUCAUGACGGAGUCCAUGGGAUCCUCUAUUUUGCCUACAGAUGAGGCCAACCGGUACCGAACGAUUCUGUCGACGAUGGAAAAGAUACACGCAACGGCAACGAUUUGCCACCCUGGAAAGGGACCAUGUGGACUUCCGAUGGAUCCCAAUAUCACAGAAAUUAUGGCAACUUCCAGGGACCACAAAGUUCUGACUAAGGCGUGGCAAUCGUGGAGAGACGCCACCGGAAAGAAGCUGCGACCAUUCUACUUGGAAUUCAUGGAGCUUGAAAACAAGAUUGCCAAACUAAACGAUUUUUCGGAUGCUGCGGAAAUGUGGACAACGAAAUACGAGUCAGAAAACUUUCAAAACGAAAUGGAAACGGUUUGGCUGGAAAUCGAGCCUUUGUAUAAGAAAAUCCAUUCUUACAUCAGGGCAAAAUUGAAAACGGUGUACGGCAAGCACAUUGACGAAAAAGGUCCAAUCCCCGCACAACUUUUGGGGAAUCCAUGGGCUCAAGAAUGGACCUUCCUGUCAGAUUUGGCAAUGCCUCAUCAGGAUCUCAUGUCAAUAGACGUCACAGAGGGACUGAAGUCGAAGGGCUACACCCCCGAAAGGAUGGUCAAAUUAGCAGAGAAAUUCUUCACGUCUUUGGGAUUCAACAGCUUGACCAAAACUUUCUGGGAGAAAUCGAUUUUCAGGAGGCCCGAAGGCAGAGACUUUGUUUGCCACCCGUCGGCCUGGGAUUUUUGUCUGGGCCCAAAUAACACCGACUUCAGGAUGAAGAUGUGCACAGACAUCAACCACCAAGACUUCUUGACUAUCCACCACGAAAUGGGGCACAUCCAAUAUUUCAUGGAAUACCGGGAUUUGCCAAUCGCAUUCAGAGAUGGCGCUAAUCCAGCGUUUCAUGAGGCGAUUGGAGACACGGUGGCAUUGUCGGUAUCAACUCCGAAACACCUCAAGAAAAUUGAUCUGCUGACAAAUGAACAAUUGUCAUUGUUGGAAACAAAAAGGGAUGAAAUGGACUUGAACUUCAUGAUGAGCAUGGCGUUGGACAAACUGGUCUUCUUACCCUACGCCUACAUCGUGGACAAGUGGCGAUGGGACUUAUUCAAAGGAAAAGUUCCACUUGAGCGACUCAACGCGCAUUGGUGGAAGCUGAGAGAGGAGAUCCAAGGUAUUUCAGCCCCGAUCCCCAGGAACGAAAGCGAUUUUGACCCGGGUUCCAAGUACCACAUUGCGGCCAACAUCCCGUACAUCAGGUACCCAUCAGUCAUCCUUGGUGAUGAAAGGUACUUCGUGAGCUUCGUCAUCCAGUUCCAGUUCUACGAAGCCCUGUGCAAGGCUGCGGACGAAUACGAGCUUGGCAACCCAAACAUUCCACUGCACAGAUGCGACUUCCAUGGGAAUGUCCAAGCUGGAAAUUUGCUCAGGUUAUUUGCUGUGAUGCAACUGGGCAGAUCAAAACCCUGGCCUGAGGUCAUGCACAUAAUAACAGGACAAUGGAAUAUAUCAGCUGCUGCGAUGAGAACUUACUUCGCUCCUUUGGAAAAAUUUCUGGACGAAUAUUUCGAUAAAACCAAGGAAUGCAUAGGGUGGUCAGGAGAAUGCGACGGAAGGUUCUCGCCGAGCGAGUGUCGCGUAGAGAGACACAAGUAUCCGUCGACGGACGCCACUCAGGUGUCGUUUGCGGUGCCGGUGGCGGAAUCGGACGGGGACUACCUCGUGGGCGUCGACAGCGAAUUGCAGGUCUUCUCGUGGACGGACGACGAGACGACGGAUGUCUUCGAGGGUUACAGAACCAGCCAAGCUCGGGCAGCGAAACCCAGAAGGGUACCAUCCGGGGAAGAUGUCGCAUACAUGGCAGCGGUACAAGUCCACAAUGCAUCGCGUCGGAAUAAGAAACCGUUCGGCCGGUGGAAGGUUCACUUCGACGCCAGGGCGCUGCGUUGCUUUGAAGAAUCCCGACCAGCGCCAGUGUCCAUUACACCAUCAACCUGGCAACCACCCCAAGCAUACCGCUCAUCAGCGCCAUUACGGCAAUUGUCCACGUCGACUAAUGGAUGGGAAUGGUUCACUUCGACGCCAGGGCGCUGCGUUGCUUUGAAGAAUCCCGACCACCGCCAGUGUCCAUUACACCAUCAACCUGGCAACCACCCCAAGCAUACUGCUCGUCAGCGCCAUUACGGCAAUUGUCCACGUCGACUAAUGGAUGGGAAUGCUGUUCAGAGUGACCUUCGUCGAACGGAGCCUCGGUUCGCUUACGUCGUUUUCGUCUUCCUAAUCGCGGCCGAAGGCGGAGAAAUGACGCCCGAGAAACAAUCUCAGUAUCCGAAAGGCAAGUCUUUCCAAGUUUUGAUCCAGCUGGCUGACGGCUUCUUAAGCAGCCGGCCGGCCGUCGUUAAAGUUGCUCUGGCUGGUCGCCCCAAGCAGUCACUGAGAGGCCCGUAUCAGGUCGUGUCAACGUUGGAUGAGCCCGACGGCAAUUUCUUAAAGACUGCCAAAGUGGAUGCUUGCGGCCGACUUUGGGUUGGCAGCUCUGGAAGGCAAAAUGGAGACCAGGUUGGCUGUGUUUUCGGUGCUGGGACUGCCAAGGUUUACGGGGUUUCCUGGUCCAGAAGACUUUUACCCAAGAUUCCCGGGCUUAGUCAAACUUCAGGGAUGGCCUGGGCUCCGGACGACAGAACGUUGUACAUGAUCGAUUCUGCAGAGACCUGCGUAUUUGCAUACGAUUAUCACGCUAAAACUGGUUCUCUGGCGAAUCCUCGGGCGAUUUUCGACGCAUCUAAAUUUGGCAAUGGAGUGGCACUGCACGGGAUGACCAUUGACAAUGAUGGGUAUUUGUACAUUGGCAUAUAUGGCCUCGGGCGGGUGAUUAUUGUGGAUCCGGAGAGUCACCAGCUCGUGGGCUAUGUUUGCCUGCCGACCCCGUACGUGACGGGUGUGACUUGGGGAGGAGAAGCUUUGGACACGCUUUAUGUGACGUCAGCUGCCAGACAGGCGGACUUGACCUCNUUUUAG